UUUGAGGGCAUAUUGUCAUACGGAUUUUUUUUAUAAAAUCAAAUAUUAGGCAAAAAACAAAAAUAAAAUCAAAAAUGUCUCUUUCUCCUGCAAGUGGAAUUGGCAAAUUUUAUAAAAAAUCUGCUAAAAUUAUACGUUUUGCCAAACAUGGCUGCACUAAUCGUCCAUUUUUCCAUGUAGUAGUUAUGGAGAGAAAAAAAGAUCAAUACCAGCCUGUAAUAGAACAAGUGGGAACUUAUGAUCCGUUACCUAAUCAAUUCAAUGAAAAAUUAGUUUCUUUGAAUUUUGAGAGAAUACGAUUUUGGAUUGGUAAAGGAGCGCAUUUGUCACAACCCGUUGCUGAACUAUUGGGCUUGUCCGGAUUCUUACCUAUACAUCCACGAACAUACAUGCAAGCUUGGAGAAAUAGGCAAAAAUUAAACCAGGAAUCACAAAAUAUAAGUAAAGAAGAAACAACAGAAGUCAAAAGUGUAUGAAAAUAAUAAAAUUAGCU